UUGAUUUAUGCGAAGAACUAGAUGUGGAAUCGCUCGGUUGCACGAUGUAUACUAGAGUUAAUGAUUUGGUUUCUAUACGAUUAAUAGCUAUGGCUUGGAGGUAUUUGAGCAAGUCCAUGUUUGGUUCAUCGGGAGGGGAAAGUGAGGAGGAAGACCUCCAAGCUGCAGCAAUCAUAGCAUCCAUGGGUAGGAAACGUUGUUGGGGAGGGUCUGUCUUUGGUCACAAGAUAUACAAGCGUGACCGGGCGGCUGCAGAGCGCCUUUUGAUGCUGAAGUAUUUUGAUGAAGAAUCAAUAUUCGAUGAUGAUCAAUUUCGCCGAAGGUACCGAAUGAGGAAGCCUCUUUUCCUGCGCAUUGUUGAUGAACUCACAACGGCAAACUCUUUCUUCAAGCAGCGACGGAAUGCAGCUGGAGCAAAGGGUUUUUCUCCCAUUCACAAGUGCACAGCAGCAAUGAGAGUCCUUAUGUAUGGACAAGCAGCAGAUGCAGUUGAUGAUGUACUCAUGAUGGGGGAAAGCACGGUACUUAAAUGUGUGAAGGUAUUUGUGAAAACGGUGAUCUCUGUGUAUCAGGAAGAGUACUUGCGACCACCAAGACAACAUGAAAUUGAAGAGAUGAUGACAUCAAAUGCAGCACGAGGGUUCCCUGGCAAGACUGGAAGCAUCGACUGCAUGCAUUGGGAGUGGGCUAAUUGCCCAAGCGGUUGGCAUGGCGUCUACAAGGGACAUAAGGGCAAGCCUACAAUGAUUCUAGAGGCUAUUGCUUCAGAAGACUUGAGGAUAUGGCACGCCUUCUUUGGGCUCCCUGGGUCUCACAAUGAUAUCAAUGUCCUGCAUCGAUCACCUGUCUUUGAUGAUCUUGCCAAUGGCAAUGCCCCUGAAGUUGAAUUCACUGUGAAUGGUAACAUCUAUUCGAUGGGCUACUACCUAGCAGAUGGGAUAUACCCUAACUGGGCUACAUUGGUCAAGAGUAUUAGUGCUCCUGUUAGUAAGAAGCACAACGUUUAUGCAAGGAGACAAGAGUCUUGCAGGAAAGAUGUGGAGAGAACCUUUGGUGUGCUGCGGGCGAAAUGGAAGAUUUUACAUAGCCCAGCUCGAUUGUGGAAUCCGAGGGAUCUCAAUUCAAUAGUUCGGGCUUGUGUUAUACUCCACAAGAUCAUUGUAGAUGAGAGAGGGAAGGAUGUGGCACAGCUUCAUAACUCCGAGUGGCCAGGAGCAGCCAACCCUCCAAUCAACCAAAACAGGAACGUCCCUGCUAUAGCCCAGCUAAUUGAUGCAUACAGUGUCAUCAAGAGCAAGGAAACAAGCGCAAGUCUACGCAAUGAUCUUGUGGAGCACAUUUGGGAGUUGUAUGGUACUUCAAGUGGACCUUUUGCAAGGAUGCACGGGCAUUGA